AUGUCAGAUUCCAACACAACCAACUUCACCAACCCCUCCACCUUCAUCCUGCUGGGCAUUCCUGGCCUGGAGAGGGCCCAUGUCUGGAUCUCCAUCCCCUUCUGCAUCAUGUACGCCAUAGCCAUCUUGGGGAACAUCACCAUCCUCUUCAUCGUGACAAUAGAGCCGAGCCUCCAUGGGCCCAUGUACUAUUUCCUCUGCAUGCUGGCUGUCAGCGACCUGGUUCUGCCCACAUCCAUCCUGCCCAAAACACUGAGCAUCUUCUGGUUCAAUUCCGGGGAGAUCGAUUUCAGCGGCUGCCUCACCCAGAUGUACUUCAUUCACUGCUUCUUAGUGAUAGAGUCUGGGAUCUUUGUGGCCAUGGCUGUUGAUCGCUAUGUGGCCAUCUGCCAUCCCCUGAGACAUUCCACCAUCCUGAGAAACCCCGUGGUGGCCAAGAUCGGGCUGGCCGUGGUGCUGCGUGGUGGCAUGCUCAUAAUGCCCUAUCCCUUCCUGGCGAGGUGGCGGCCAUAUUGUAGAACCAACAUAAUCCCCCACACGCACUGUGAGCACAUGGCUGUGGUGAAGCUGGCCUGCGCUGAUACCCGUGUCAGCAGUUACUAUGGUCUCUUUGUGCUAUUCUGUGUGAAGGGUCUAGAUGUGUUUUUUAUCACCAUGUCCUAUAUCCAGAUCCUCAGGGCCAUCUUCAGCCUCCCCACAAAGGACGCCCGGCUCAAGACUUUCGGGACUUGCAGCUCCCACAUGUGUGCCAUCUUAGCCUUCUACAUCCCACAUCUCUUCUCCUCUCUCAUGCACCGGUUUGGCCACAAUGUAGCCCUGCGUUUCCAUGUUCUCAUGGCCAACAUGUACCUCCUGCUUUCCCCCAUGCUAAACCCCAUCAUCUACGGGGCGAGGACCGAACAGAUCCGGAAACGGCUGCUCCGGCUCUUUACUCAUAAAGGACCUAAAGUUUUCUCCUGGUACUUUGGGUCUCAGAGCAAACUCUGUGCAGAGCUGUUUGCUGACAUGGUGGUGGGCCCUCUUCGCUGA